AUCUUGCAACAUUCUAAUUAACACUUGCAAAUUAGACAAUAGGGAUGCCUUAAUAUCAAGAAGAAUACUUUUGUUUUUUAUUAGGAAGAAUAUAAUACCUAUAAAGCAUACACAAAUGAUAUAAUAUUCUCAUAUAUUAGCCGAUUUUGAUUUAAUUUCAGUUGCCAUUUUUUCAGAUUCAAAGGGUUGGUUAUAUGUUAUCGUGAAUCUUUAUUUACGUGUGAGUUUUCUUUAUAUACGGUAUUAUGAUAUUUAGAGCUGAAUUGUGAUUGAAAAAAUCGUAGAAUAAUAAAAUUGUUAUUCUCUGAAUGAAUAUUCUUUUUAAAUGUGUACAGUGUAAUUACUUGAUUUAUUUAUUUAUUUUAUGUCAUCUAUUAUGAUUAUGCACUGAUGUGUUUUUUGUUGAGUUGUUGUGUACUAUGGCACUCAAUAACUGAGAUAUUUUAAAUCUUACAAACCAGCAUGGGUUAAAAAUUAGUGAUUUAUAGGAAGAUGAUUUGAUUCAAGUUGUAUUGAGGUAGAGAAUAACACAGAAACAUUUAUAGUUUAAUCAUAAAUUUUCUAUUCAAUGCAUAGCAAAGUAGAAGAGAUGAUUUGGACUCUGGAGUCGCUUAGUUAUGUGAUGAUGUACCAGCUCUUGGCUUGUGUAAAGCAUGAAAAUCCUCAUAACUUGGGACGGCGUGUAUCUUCUUGUCUCAGUCAACCAUGGCAAGGUCUAAAAGCUGGUACGUGAUUAUGUCUGUCUUCUGUAUUGUGAAAUCAUGUUUAGCAGUUCUGCUACUUUUUUAUUAAACAUAAUCUUAGGUCUUUACAAGUCAUUUCCGGGUUGGUAUAGAACCCUCUACACUCUUUGUACUUCACCUUAAUGUUACGAGAAACUUAAACUGAGGUAUUGUAGGGCUUUACCCCGAAGGGAGCCCUUCCAGAAAUUCUCGAGAGCCCAAGACAAGCUUAGGCCCAGGAGGGGGUUUGGAAAUAGUUUUCAACCAGCAAUAGACGCGCCUCGGUUAGUACCUCAUUAGCUGCGUCAUUGCCCCAAGCGCAAAGAUAUUUUUCCCAGGAGAACGUGAGCUUUCUUUUAUAACACAAGUUUAUUGACCUUAGUAGUUCUCGCUACCGAUGUGGGACAAAUACGCGCACCUUUUACAAUUAAACACCGAUCGGGCUUCAAUGCAUAUUGGGCCUCAGAAUCUGGGUCGAGAAAAAUCUAUUAGCAGCUUUUUUUCGAGGUCGAAUUCAGUUUAACAUGAUUUAAGUUUUUUUCUUGUGAAAGAUACCUUUAUUUGUUUGAACUUUAAUACAAUUGGUUAAAGAUACCUUUAUUUAAAGGGCUUAUUUGCCAACUAGCCAUAUUUAGAAGAGAAAUUAAGUGAGUGACAUUGAUUUUGACAUAAAAUAGAAACUAACAUUUACACCCUAAUUCAUCCGGUUAUACCCUUCUUCUUUGCCAUUAUCCGGUAAUAAUGUGUUAUGUGUGUCCACGUAGUCUUAUUUCAUUAGAAAGAAGGAAUCAUCCACGUUACACUUUUAUUAGUCACAUACACAUACACCGAAUGCUCUAUUCCAUAUAACCGAAAUAGUAUAGAUUAUAUAACAUAAUCUACAAUCUGUAAUACUAAACAUAUCCCAACCCCAAACCCUAGAUACUAAACCUUAUUCUAAUCACACCUUAACCCCUAAAUACUAAAUCAUAAACUCUAAUCAAUAGAUCCUAAACCCAAAUAUAAAUAAUAAAUCUAAAUUUUAAACCAAAAUCCAAAUAAAAUAGAAAAAACUAAAUAACAUAAUACAUAUUGAAGAAAUUAUGAAAUGUCUAUAAUUGCAUUGAAGAAAUUAAUGUUAACCUCAAACAUACCCCGUCACCUUCUAAAUGCUAAACCCUAAACCCGAAUUACUAAACCCUUACGUAAAUAUAAACCUUAAACUAAAACAUAAACCCUAAACCCAAAUAGAAUGAAACAAAAUAAAUAACAUAGUACAUAUUGGUGAAAAUAUGAAAUGUCUAUGAUUUUAUGGAAGAGGUUAAUAUUGAUCCCAACCAUACCUCCUCACCUUCUAAAUAAUAAACCCUAAACCCUAUACUCUAAUCACUAAACGUUAACCCAAAUAUGAACCCAAAUAUCAAAAUCUAAACCUUAACCAGUGUUUAACCCCAAUUUUCCAUAAACUAAACUCAAAUUUUAAAAUGCCAGUAAAAUACAUUACCAUUCUACAUGAGUCAUAUAGAAUAGAAAUAGAGAAAAUGUAGUUCCAAUACUAAAUCCUCAACUCUAAUCAGUGAACCCUAAACUUUAUCCCAACCCCACCCCAUCCCCUAAAAUACUAAACUCUAAACUCUAAUCAGCGGACCUAAACCCAAUUAUAAACCAUAAAUCCAAAUAUAAACCCUAAACCCAAAUAGAAUGGAACAAAAUAAAUAGAAUAGUACAUACUGGUGAAAUUAUGAAAUAUCUAUGAUUGCAUGAAAGAAGUUAAUAAUGACUCCAACCAUAACCCCUCACCUUCUAAUUAGUAAACCCUAAACUAUAAUCACUAAACCCUAAACCCAAAUAUCAAAAUAUAAAAAUGUAUGCAAUAUUAUGCAAUAUUAUAUAAUAUUAAACUAUACAAUAUAAAUCAUAGUACGGUUUUUACAGAUUCAAAACAUGUAAUGAUAGUUAGAUAUUAAGAAAAUUACAAAAUAUAUUUCUAAACAAAAUAGAACACUCUUUAUUAAUCGUCAAAUGGAAUAGAACAUAAUAAAAUAGUAUAGUAACAAAAAGGUAGAAAACAACAAGACACAUCUGGGAAGAAGAAUUGGCCGUUGUUACUUCAUGUUGCCGUGUCUCCUCUUCCGUCAAACAAGACACCAUCGAUUUCACAAUCAGAGAAACCUCCCCUUCAGCCACCCACCGAGAAUGCAAAGAUGUUAUACUCUUGCAAAAAUCAACUCUGAUAAUCGUGUCCGUCUCAUUGCUCUCUCCCAAAUCUGAGAAUCAAACGAUUUAAUUUCUCGAAAAAGAAGAAAGGUAAAAAUUACGGAGAUGAUGACGGAGCAAAUACGGUGGCGGCGAUGAAACAAACGAUGAUGAUGAUGGUUGUGCUGGUUGUACAUGUAGAGGUGAUUGAAGCUAUGUGACAGAGAUUUAUGUGUUCGUCGUAUAAAAAAAACAGAAAUUUGAGAGAGAGAGAGAGAGAGAGAGAGAGAGAGAGGAACAUGAAGAAACAGAGAAGAAGAAGAAAAAAUUAUGUGUGGAUGUGUGACUUUCUACUGGACACAAAUUAUUUUUAAAAUAUAAUGAUUAUUAAUUUUUUUUUUCUGCAGGUUUUACCGGUUACAACAGAGGACAAUACGGCAAUAUUAUAUAAAAGACACAUGAUACAGUGAAAAAAUAGGGUUUUUAGUUAUAGAUUGAAUUAUAAUUUUUUUGGUGGUUAUACAGCCCAAUUUCUCUUAUUUAAAAGCUGUUACUGAUUUUCAUAUAACAAAAACAAUCUAUCUCUCCCUCUCUUAAUGUAUUUAUAUAAUUUGUUACCAAGACUAUAAAGUAAUGUUUAUGUAGCUUGUAACAACAUACUUUGUUUAAUACAAUAAUUACAUUUGGUCAAACAUUCAUAACCUAAUAAUAGCUGUUGACUUCUCCUGAAGUCUCUGAGCUAAAAUUGUGGUUAUUCAUGAGAAUGUUUGGUCUUCUGCUAACAUAUAAGUGAUUUGUGGAGACACAAGUGAUCAUUCAAUUUUUUUUUUGUUGGAAAAUUUGAUGGGGACACUUUGGUUUGGAGAAAUCAAGAAACAAGCGUCUUUGUUUCUUCAUGACAAGUACAAUGUUGCUAGACUUGUUCUCACCGAUGUUACCGAAACUGAGCUGUUAGUAGAAGAAGUGACAAACGAUGAUCCUUCUUCUCCAGACGCUAAAACGAUGACUAAAAUAGCCGAUGCAUCGUUUAAUACAGUGGAUUACUGGAGAAUUGUGGAUGUUCUUCACAGAAAAAUAGGAAAAAGGGAAGGAGAGAUGAAGAAGUGGAGAGAAGCUUACAAGGCCAUGGUGUUGUUGGAGUUCUUAUUAACACAUGGUCCUCUUCAUCUGCCUCAUGAUUUUCUUUACGACUUGGAUCAUAUUCGUUUCCUCUCAACCUUCCAAUACGUUGACGAUAAAGGAUUUGAUUGGGGAGCUAAGGUACAGAAGAAGGCGGAUCAGAUUCAAACACUUCUUCUAGGCAAAGAAGAACUAAGAGAAGCUCGUCUUAAAGCUCUAAAGAUCACCGCCCAAAUCAAUGGCUUCGGAAACUCCGCAUCUUUCUCUACUCCUUCUCCGCCUCCUUCACCGGCCUCAUCCUCUCCUCUGAAAAGCUCCGGUAUAACUCUAACCGAAAGAGAAGCUGUAUCCGAGUCAGAUUCAUUGAUCGGCGAUAAAGACGAGAGGAACCGAGCCGCCGGUGAAGAGACACUGAUCAGCGGGAUCUGCUCCAAGCUCGCCGGUUUCAGCCCUUUGAAGAAACUUCACGGAGGUCGUACGCCGGCCGGAUUUCAUUCUUUGUCGAACGUUGAGAGAGUUUCAAGUAAAUGUUAUGACCGCCGCAACUCUAUUGGCUACUGAUUUUGAUUCUUUGUCAUAAAAAGACAACGGUUCGGUUUUAAUUUACAUAUUUACUGAAUAUCCGGUUAAAACCGGUUUAUGUAAACCUAAUUACGAUACAAGAAAUUUCGCUUUUGCUAAUCCUGUUUAAAGCUUCGUUGGCUAAACAUUUUGCAGCUUCUUGAGGAUCUUCCAUAUGUCUGAUUAGGUUAAUAGCUUCUUGAUUUUUCAUCACCUGUAUCAUAAUCAAAACCACUAUUAACGAUUUUUCGCUAAAUGAUAUUAGUCUCUGUAAUUUGAUUGAGUACUAAACUAAUUUACCUGCCAAAUCCCAGAGCUACCAAUAAUGAUGAACUCUGUAUCUGAACUAAUCUUCUCUGUAACCAAAGCAAGCUCUAAAUCUCUUGAAUCUGAUUCAUCAUCUGUCUCUCCUUGAUAACAAACUGAGA